AUGACAACUUCCUUGGACAAGCUUGUCAAGGGCACUACGCCCGAAGCCCGCGCUCCUACACCAGAGCCAUUGACUACUGCUUCGUCCCCGCCACGACCCUCAACCCCAGAUCCACUCGCCUCUCUUCCCUCUUCGCCACCUCAGAUCUACUUGAACCUCCUAAUUCUUGAAGCGUCCCUCCGCGCACAGUACCUGGCCUUGCGCGAACGCCGUCGCCAAAACACCUUCUUCCUCCUGCUCCUAGCAGCAUGGUUUGCCUAUUUCUCAUACGCACUGUUCCUCCGCCCUCGAGAGGAUGGCCGCGGAGUGGGUGGCUCAGUAUAUUGGGUGGUGGAGAUGGGAGAAAAGGUUGCCUUGCUUGGUGGGGUGGUGACGGCGUUGCUCGUAUGGGGAACAGGACAGUGGGAACGCGGAAUUCGCUGGCCACGACGCUGGCUUGCUGUCGCUAACCGUGGCCUACGCAACAUGAAUACUAAGAUCAUCGUGAUACGUGGACCCUGGUGGCAAGAACUGUUGUCCUAUAUCUCAUUCUUAUUUCCACUCUCCGCGCCAUUCUUCCCCUCACCUACCGGGAACUUCCAUUUCGUCGAACGUCACCCCUCCGAAAAACGUGGCAGUCGGCAGCACUACCAGCAAUACUACAACGGUGGUGACAGCGAAUCGGGCUUGGUGGAGGAGGACCUAGGUGUUGGUGGUGAUUAUAUUCGUCUUCUACUGUUGCCUAAGUCGUUCUCACCGGAGUUCCGGGAGAAUUGGGACAACUAUCGCACCGACUUCUGGGAAAAGGAGAACGAGCGCCGAGCUCAGCUGCGCCAUAAGUUGCGCGAGCGUGAACGUCAAAUUGCCCGGAGCGAAGGUGGAUGGUUUUGGCGACUUGGGCUUGGCUGGCGCGCUUCCCAGCGCCGCCGUCUGAUCGCAGCCACACUGCACCGGUCUCUCGAGGCAGAACCCAAACCACGACACCUGCAUCAUUCGUCUCUCUCCUCCCGUAUCAACCAGGAUCGCGCCUCUUCCCGUCGCCCUGAAUCUACUCAUUCCCGUACCUCAUCUUGCAGCCCCACUCCUGAGGACCGACCACCUUCCCGCUCUGGGUCAGGUCGGCCCCGCCGCGGAAGCACUCCGUCUAUAUCUGGCUCUGAACAAACCCCCCAGCGGAAGAGGAAAGGUUCUAGGACAUUACGGCGUGGUCCAUCGCCUCUAACGCAGGCACAGGCCCGAGAGGGUGCGCGAGUGCCAUCGUUCUCGUCUGACGAUUCGGGUAUCUCCCCUGUGACUGAGAUUGAUAAAGAGACUAUACCAACUUCUGUACCUUAA